GCGGUGCGGCCUCAGUUUGUCGACUGAUGCCUCGCGGAAGAGGUGUCUCACACCCGUGCUCGUGCCACGAUCUAAUUACCUUAUAUUUUGUCCUUUCUUCUUUUUCUCUCUUACCUUUUCGGAUACGUCAUCACGGUGGUACCACGGUCACACUCGCAAAUUCAGCACCGUCUCUUCAGUGAAACUUCUGCACGCGCUUGUUUCGCACCGAGAGGAUUUCGCAACGAUAAAACCACGCGAAGAGUGACACAAUGGCGCAAUUAGUGCGAUUGAUUUACGAUGGUUACCGAGACCUGAUGGACAAUAAAAGCGAUCCGAGGGUCAACGAUUGGUCGAUGAUGAGCGGCCCGUUUCCCACAUUGGCGAUCUGCUUGUUCUAUGCCUAUUUCGUUAAGGUCUUGGGACCGAAACUGAUGGAGAAUCGAAAACCCUUUGAUCUCAGAAAAGUGAUGAUAUGGUACAAUCUCUUUCAAGUAAUAUUCUCCACGUGGUUGUUCAACGAGAGUCUGGCCGGAGGCUGGGGAGGACAUUACUCCUUCAGGUGUCAGCCGGUCGAUUACUCAAACGAUCCGAUGGCGCUGCGAAUGGCACGAGGUUCCUGGUGGUACUACAUCUCAAAGUUCAUGGAGUUCACGGACACGAUCUUCUUUGUGUUGAGAAAGAAGAACGAUCACAUUACCACUCUCCAUGUCAUCCAUCACGGCUGCAUGCCCAUGUCUGUUUGGUUCGGAGUUAAAUUCACCCCCGGUGGCCACAGCACCUUCUUCGGUUUUCUGAACACCUUCGUACACAUCAUAAUGUACUCGUACUAUCUCCUGGCAGCGCUUGGGCCGCAAAUACAGCCAUAUCUGUGGUGGAAGAAAUAUCUGACCACCUUACAAAUGAUCCAGUUCGUCCUCGUGAUGGUCCAUGCGUUCCAGCUGCUUUUCAUCGAUUGCAAUUACCCGAAGGCUUUCGUUUGGUGGAUCGGCAUGCACGCCGUUAUGUUUUAUUUCCUCUUCCGCAACUUCUACAACGAAGCGUACAAGAAGAAGCGUUUGAAGGACGCGUCGGGCAAGCAAAAGGACGAUAAGAAAGAACAGAAUGAGCACAGAAAUGGCAUCAAGGAGAACGGCAACGAAAAUGGCGUGAUAUACGCAAAUCAAUACAAAAUGGCCACCGGCUACAUCUCGGACAGCGGCCUCAGAAAUCGCGUGUUCAUCGACAACCGAGGCUUUGAUGAAUAAUAUAAGAAGCCCCGCCCCCAAUUCAAAGAGACUUCAAUCGUGUAUCGAGCGUACAUUACACUGCGAAUCAUUUAGAGCACUUCGCCACAUUGCACCACUACAGUCGCUAUCCUCAUAUGGCGUGAUAGAAUAAAAGUAGUCCGUUAAAUAGAUAGAAGAUAUUAGAAGAAAUGAAAAAUGAGAGGAGGAGCGCGUUGAACGCCUACCGGAAUUUCUGAAAGUCUGAUCUUUUGGUGUUCCUUCUGGGUGCUUCGCGGCGAAGUUUUUUUACGCGUAUAAAUGAAUAUGCACUUUCUAUAUGUAUGUAUAUUAUAUGUAUGAACGGGUGUACAUGUGUGAAUGUGUAUAUUAUACUUACACUUCGUGUAAGUUUGCUAGUUUAUCGAAGAGCGAAAACAGACUGUGUAACGAAAUUGCCAAAAUGAUCUUUCCAGUUAGGAACCGAACUGAAGCGGAAUUGCCAAAAAAAUGAACUUUCCAGUUAGGAACCGAACCGAAGCUCAUUUUUUUAUAGAUUAUACAUUUCUUUCGAAAGAGGUGGCUUCUAAAGGAGUGAUUUUUAUUAAUAUUUAUAUAUAGACCGCGUAAGAAUUAAAUCUGCGUUUGCUCAUGUCUCCCUUUCUCCCUCUUUCAAAAAUAGAGUAGUAACGUAUCGAACUCUUGCCGCGUUUCAUAUCGAAAGAAUAAAAAAGAAUAUUUAUUUUGUACAAAAAGGAAUAUUUAAUGAAAUCAUGGUUAUUAUAAUUUUGACUAAGCAACAACGAUGGUGCAAUACAAAAUCCGAAUAAGGCAAAGACAGAAAAUUUAUCAAUUUAUUAAUUUAAAGUAAGGAUUUACAUAUUUACUGUAUGUUUGGAACAUACAUAUUUAUUUAUUACUACUUUACAUCAUUAAAUUUUUAGGAUUAAAAAA